UUAAUGAGUUCCUAGGCACUUCCGGUUAACACGCAAACAUGAGAAAUGGAUUUUAAAUUAUGUCUGUUUUAAGUGACGAUGACAGUGAUUUUAAAGAAAAUGGUGACUUGGGACUAGGCUUAGGUUUAAAACCAGGAGGUCUUAGGUUGAAUUUUUAUGACAAUAAUAACUGUCAGGGGAUUCCAUCGAAAAAAUCAACACCGUUAUAUACGCCGGUUGCUCAAAAUAAAUAUCGCACCUUACCUUUUCUGAAAGCGAAAAAAUCAGAUAUCAAAACAAAACAAACUGAAACUGCAGAAGAAACUCCAGUUUUGCAUCAUACACAGUCAUCAUGUGAACUUGAAAUUCAAAGUGAAGGUUGCUGCAGUCGUGUGAUGAACAAAUCCCCAGAUUUGUUAAAAAAGAUCGGAAAAGAAGAAAUAGAAAGAAAACUAAAAACAGCUGAAGAAGAAGUUGAAGAACUAAAAUGUGAAAUAGAAGUUUAUCAGAAAAGACUGGAUGCCAAAUAUAAAGCAAUAGCAAUAUUAAGAGAACAGUCUAAAAAGCUACAAGACUUUAGGGAGGUACAGAAGAAGAAAUCUUACAUAUAUAAUCAUUCAUUAGAACAGGAAGUAAAUAAGCUGCACUUUGAGUUGGACCAAAAGGAGGUAUCAUUGGAGAACAGUCAAGCAAUAUGGGCCGAGAGAUUUGACAAUGUAUGUAGAGAGAAUUCAUCAUUGACAUCUGUACUGGAGGAAAAAAAUAAGGCUUUACAGAAAGUGUCAGCACAAAAUAAAGGUUUAAGCAGAGAGCGAGAUGAGUUAUUGGCACUGUUAGAUGUAAAAGAAAGAGAGAGAUACAUGAAAACUUGUAGCAGGUCCUCAGAUGAUCAUUAUAGCAACUAUACUUCAGCUGAGAUUGCAGUUUUGGGAGCCUGUAAAUGUAGAGUUACUUCCCCUGAACCAUGUGGCUGUGCCCAUGCAGCAGCUCAUUUGAGACAAGAAGUGUCAAGAUUAAAAUCUCAGGUAGAAUCUCACAAGAAAAGGAAGAAAGAAGUGAUGUUAACAGUAGAUGCUUACAGACAGGCAUUUGAGGAACAAUUACAGAAAAAUAAAGUCUUCCUAUCUCAGCUAACUUCAAUGGCAGUACCAGGAACUAACAAGCUAGAUAGAGCUAAAGCUGUCUUCAGGUUCCUGUUGGAAACAUUAAAUGAUGAUGAUCUGAUGAGACGUACAGUUUCUAAUUCUAAGUUGGGUGUAUGUAUUGAGAAUGGUGAAGUUGAUAACAGACCAUUAACAGACAGAGAACUAGUUCUUGUUCUUACGCAAAUUCUGCAUGAGAGAAAUGAAGCAUAUGCUCACCAAAAAAUAGCUUCACAAGUUCUGGCAGAAAAAGUCCAGCAGUUGGAGGCACAGUUAUCUCAGCAGGAUGAAGUAUUUUCUUCCUGACAGAAUCUCAUCGUUUUUAUCGUCAUAUCAUAAGAGGGCAAAGUUUAUUCCUUACAAACUUUCGUAUAUUUCAUCAUUUUCAAAUGAAAAUGCAAUUUUACCAACAGACUUGUGGAUCCUAUACAUCAUGUUCACUAUAUCAGCAUAAAACAAAGUUUUCUAUUGGUUGAAAUUGGGUAAAAUGUGUAAAUUGUAUUUACUGGUCAGGUGGGACCUUUAAAAUGAAUUGUAAAGACACCUGCCUGUCUAAUGACUAUGUUGUACUUUUGAUGUCUUUUGGAUACCAAUGUCUCUAUAGUUACAGACUUAUUGAAAAGUUUGAGCAAUGGAGUUAGUUAUUUAAUAUUUUUUGACAUAUUGACAUCAUCCAUUGAAAUUUAGAUUUGAGCCAUACCUAUAUUUUUAGUCAAAAGAAGAUUUAUGCAAAUUUUUUAUAUGAGUUAAAUGUUGUUUUUUCUUGUUUUAUUUUAUUUUUUUUACUUGUUUGUUUGUUUGUUUGUUUGGGUUUUUUUUGGGGGAAAGGUUGGUAAUGCUGUGGCUGAUAAUUGAUAUAAUCAAAGUUUAUAAGAAAAAUGACCAGUUUUGGUCAAAUAGGUUAAUUAUGACAUUUAUAAAGUGCAAUCAACAUAAAAUUUAUAUUUCUGCAGUAACACAAAUAAUGACUCAUAUUAUACCAUCUCCUUUAGUCAUAACAUCAUUGUAGCCAUUUAUUGUCAGUCAACUUUUCUUCUUUAAUGUGAUUACAUACCCUUUUUACACAUCUUUUUUAUAGUGAGUGAGUUAUGUAAACUUAAGUCAGCAUCAGAAAAUGUAAUUCAUUUUAGUGAACAUAUUUAUCCUAAAAAUGAGAGAAAGGAAAUGCUAUUAUAUUUUCCUUACUGCUACCAUUUACAAGAAAAGGGAUUAAAAGAAAAUAAAAUAUUGAUUUUUUUUUAUUGUAUUCCAUCUAGUGGUCAAAACUUUUUGAUGUAUUCCAUAUUGUAUGAUCACACGUCUUUGAAAUUACUGGGCGAAAGUUGGCAUAAUCCCUUGAAUAUCUUAUUUCAAAAUUAUGUAAGUUCGGGGUCGCUUGAUAUUCUUGCUGAUAAAGUCAGUAUCAAAAACAAAAAUGCCAUUAUUCUAUAUAUGCAUACAUAAUAUUGUAGACUUAUCAAUAUUAGAAUAAUAGAAUAGUUUAAAAAAAGUUGUCAUUGUCAUCAUGACAAAAUAUGUGCUAAAAAGGAAAUUCUAUGGGACAACAUGUCAUUUAUAUUUUAAUUUAUAUGAAACAGUAAUUGUAUUGUCAUGUUGUCUAAUCAUAUUUGAUAUGUUAGGAAGGUGAUUUUUAUGUGUUUACGUUUUUGUAAGCACAAAAUCUGAUCAUACAUUCAUUGUAAUAAUUUUUUCUAUAUUAUACCUUGACUCUGUUGUAUUUUUAUACGCCCGUUUACGGGACGUAUUAUGGUAUACCAUAAUCCGUCUGUCCGUCCGUCUUUCCAUUCGUCCAUCAUCAACAUGUCGGACUAUAACUCAAAAACGCUUUAACCAAUUUGCAUGAAACAUCGGUGAAUUGUUUAUAUCUAUUGACGUGAGCUCCUAUUUGAUUUUUAUAAAUUUAGGAUUUUACAUUUCCGAGUUUUGGGGUUUUAUUCAUUAAAAAAGGGGGAUUUUCCAGUUUUCGGACAAUUACUCAAAAAUGCUUUGAGCAGUUUUCAUGAAACUUUGGGGACUGGUUUAUAUCUUUUGAAAAUGCGACGGGCGUAUCAUGUGGUCAUGGCACAGCGGUUUAUAUAUUUAAAAGCAAUAAUUUUUUUAACAGACCAAUUUGUGACCCAUUAACUGUCUCAUAUUUUUUAUGCCAAAAUAGAAAUGUAUAAUAAUUCCCAUAAAGUCUUCAACUAUAUGAACUUAAUACCCCCAAAAGGGCAUUCAAGGAAGUUAAAAUGGCAUUUAAAUAUAUAUUUUCCAUUCAAACCCAUAGAAUAUUAGAUUAAAAGCACUUCCCACACGUAGAAGAGAGGCAUUAUCCACAUGUGUAUUACAUCAAAGUGAUUAAGUUAUGGGAAUGAAGCUUAAGUCUUUUUGUACAGUAUGUCAAAUAAGUAUCAUGUAUUACAUCAAAGUGAUUAAGUUAUGGGAAUGAAGCUAAAGUCUUUUUUGUAAGGUAUGUCAAAUAAGUAUCAUGUAUUACAUCAAAGUGAUUAAGUGAGGGGAAUGAAGCUAAAGUCUUUUUUGUAAGGUAUGUCAAAUAAGUAUCAUGUAUUAAUUUACCGUUAGAAUGGUCAGCAUGAUUUCAAUAAUUUGUUUACCUUUGUCUUAUUCUUUUGGUGCAAGAUUCAGCAUUGAUAAAUUGUCAUAUUAUGUAAAGUUCACCCAAGUAUGGAUUAAUUCUAUAUUUUAUUUUAAUAAUUUCAUUUAUCUAUAUUUGCAAAGUUAUUCAUUUUUGUCAAAUAGCAUUUUUGUAAGGUUUGUGCCAUUUUAGAAUUUGUGAUUUAUUAAAUUUUUUUGUUUAGAAUAUUACUGUCUUUGCAAUCCAUUGCAAAAUUUGCAUUUUAAAACUUUGUAAAAGUCAAUCCUAGGUCAUACUCCAAUAGAGAACUAAAAUAAAUCAUUAUAAUAAGUAUCUAGACAUUGUUUAGGGUCAUGCACCAACAGAGAAAUAUAUAAACAUUUCCAAAUAACUCUGUGCAGUUUCAGCAGAAGCAGAUGAGAUCACCAUGAAAACAAUAAAAUGGAUAUCCUUCACAUAACAGUCAAUAUCUGUUCAACAGGAUGGAAGUCUACAAAGUUUCACAAUUUCAAUAUCUAACUUGAAUGCAAUGGGUUGCAAGUUUUUCUCAAGAAGGAGGAAAUAGUGUCGAUCAUUUUCGAUAAAUACGGCAACCUUGAAUAAAUAACUUUAGUGUUUUAAACUAUAUUUCGAUAAAGAUAAGAUAUAAGCAUUAUAUAAAUGUAAUGUUGAAGUUGAAGGUCACAAAUAGAGCAUUAUUUUAUAGAUAUUUAUUUAUACUUUUUAAGUUUAUUAAAACUAAAUUUUAUUUUAUUUACGUAAAUCUUGCCUUUUCAGGUGAAUUGAAAGUUUACUUGACACCUUGUCUUUAAAUAGACUAGUAGUAACAUGAAAUGUGCUGCAUAUAUAUAUAUAUUUGAAUGAUUGCCUCUCUGCAUUUUUAAUGUUUUCUGAAGUAUAACUUAGAUAUUAAAUUAUAUAAUCUGAAUAUAGAUUCUACCACUUUACCCUGUCAAUUACAAUAUUUAUCUUCUUAGGAAAACUUGUUUGUUUUAAGUUAAAAAUUGAAUUCAUCAAACUGAUCAGAACCACUUUAAAGAGAAAUGUCUUUACAUGUUUACUUCUUGAAAAUCAUGAAAAAAUAAUUACAUCAGAAUAAAACAUAUACAAUUUGAGUGGAAUUUGUAUCAACAAUAGAAUAAAACCAAUUUAUUGGUUGUUUGAAUUGAUAAUAUGUUAGCAUUCAAUUUGGGCAGGGGACAGGGCCUUUAAGGCACUUCAGUACCUAGAUUCUUUGGAUUUCAGUGGUGGAUGAAUUUUAGUCAGGUUGAAUUCCAUCAAAGUUUAUUUUGUAUUUUAUAUGGUUUUUGGUGAGUUUUUAAUAAUUUUUUGUAGCAGAUCAUUCCAUUAUACUGUUUACUAAUAUCUAAUUUUUUGGGGCAUUUGUUAUGUUUGCAAUUUUAACAGAUUUAUUUUCAUAUUUUAAGAAGAAAAUGUUUUCAUAUUGAUGUUUUGAUUCAUUUUCAUUUUCAGAAUAGAUUGUUUAUUAUAAACAGUAAUGAAAUCAAAACAAUUCAUUAGUAAUAUUCAAUGUUGUGUAUUGAUUAAAACUAUUUGUGAUUUGUACAUUUUGAAGUACAUUGGGUUUAUUUUGUUGUGUUAGUGUAAUGUUUUAGUCUUUUUUGUCUGUCUUCCAAUAUUUUGUACUUUAAAAAUGUAUUGUUAUAUUUUCAGGUCUUGUGUUUUUAUUUAGACCUUCAUAUAAUUCUUUAUGGAUUAACAUUGUGUACUUUUUGAUAAACAAUGUGUGGUCUAUAAAAUAUUUUUUUCACCAUUCUUUUUUGGUUGCAAAUAAAUUCUAGAAGUAAAUAUUUCCAUGCUUUUCUGUGAUUUUACUUUUGUAAUGGCAUACAAUUAGCAACCCUGUCAGAUAAUACCUUUUGGUUAAAAAAAGGGGAAAGAAUAAAAUUUUCACAGAUCUUCAAAAGCAAAAUUCAGUAUUCAAUGAAUUAUGAAGUUGAUAUGAGUGAGACAGAUUCUACCAUUGUAUUACAUCAGAUAGGACAUUUAUUUACUCUCAAUAUUUUUUUUCAAAUCGAGAAAGUACAUUUUGGGGCUUAUUUUAUCUAUGGAAAAAUAUAGAAUUUUUAAACAAAAUUAAGCAAAUAUUAGGAACACCUUUAGCUUUUUAACAUAAAGCACAUGCAUCACUCAAAAUAGUUUUUGCCAGCUACUAUAAAGAAACAUAAAACACUUUCUGUGUAAAUAUUUCUUCGGCCAAGGCAUGUGUUCAAUUUGAUAUCACAACAUGUUUGAAUGAAAAAAAUGCAAGAUUUUGUGAAUUUCACCAUUUUAGUGAAUUUAUUAUCAUUUCAAGGUACUUUAAUCCACGCAAAUCAAAACUGCAAUGUUUUAUCAAAGUACAAAGAUCCAAUGUUUAAUUUUGAAAAUUUGAUUAAUUUUGAAAAUUUGAUAAUUUUGAAAUUCCUAUGAUUUAAUGGCCAACUUGACCAUUUUGAUUAUAAUGUAAAUUGAUUGGUGUAUGAUUAGUUAUCAUUCUACUUAUGUGCAAUUAUCAUUUGAUAGUGAUAUAUUUAUACUUGAUGUUAUUAUAAUAAAAUAUUUAUUUGAA